CCCAGGCGAGCAGCAGAGGCGCAGGGCCGCUCCCGCGGGGUUCCCACUCCGGGGGCACCAGAUCACAGGGCGAGGGGCACGAAGCCCACGGCGGGGAGGAUUCACUCCCAGGUGGUCAAGGCUAACCCUAACCCAGUCGGAAGUGACGUGUCCACUGAGACCUGCAGGUCCGCCCCGUAAAUGGCCGCCGCAACUAGGCAGCUUCUCCCGGACUGGCCAGCCGAGGCAGGUGUAGCUCCAAUCCGCCCCCGCCCGGCUCCGGCAGCUCCCUGCGCCACCCAGAACCAACCGAACCCAGCCCGAGCCGAGCCGGAGCCCAGCCCAGCGCAGCCGGGUGGGUCAGCUCACCGCCCGCGUCCGUCGGCGCCCGCGGGCACUGGGCCUCAGAGCUCAGCCACGCGCAUGCGCGGCCCUCGGUCCAGUGGACUCCUCGGGCCACCUGGGCGACCACGUUUCGGCCCCCUGCCCCUCCGGGUCCCUUCUCGCCCGGGACUCCGGCCGGCGUCCCUCACCUCCGGCCUCCCGCCUUCCUCCGCCGCAGGCAGCGCCAGGCCAGCGGCCGCCCGCGGCCACCCGCUCCCAGACACGAGCCUCCAGGAGCGACUUCCGCUUCCGGCGAGUAUUGUGUGUCGCGCUGCGGGCGGGGCGGGGGGAGGAGGAAGGAGGCAGCUCUCCGGAGGCUCCGCGCCCCGUACUGCCGGAUCCGAGGCCGGGAAGGAAAAACUGCAGAAGUGCCUGGCGCCUCUGGAGCAGAAGCUGCAGGAGAUCACCCGCUGUAAGUCCUCAGAGGAGCAGAAGCCUGCAGAGCUCAAGAGGCUGGUGGAGAGUCGCCGACAGCAGAUCCUGACAGAGUUUGAAGAGCUGCACAGGCGGCUGGAUGAAGAGCAGCAGACGUUGCUGUCGCGACUGGAGGAGGAGGAGCAGGACAUUCUGCAGCGCCUCCGAGAAAAUGCUGCGCACCUGGGAGACCGGCGCCGCGACCUGGCCCACCUGGCUGCUGAGGUGGAGGGCAAGUGCUUGCAGUCGGGCUUCGAGAUGCUUAAGGAUGUCAAAAGUACCCUGGAAAAAUGUGAAAAGGUGAAGACCAUGGAGGUGACUUCAGUAUCCAUACAGCUUGAAAAGAACUUCAGCAGUUUCCCCCGACAGUACUUUGCCCUAAGGAAAAUCCUUAAACAGCUAAUUGCGGAUGUGACCCUGGACCCUGAGACUGCUCAUCCUAACCUAGUCCUGUCGGAGGAUCGUAAGAGCGUCAAGUUUGUGGAGACAAGACUCCGGGACCUACCUGACACACCACGGCGCUUCACCUUCUACCCUUGCGUCCUGGCUACUGAGGGCUUUACUUCAGGCCGACACUACUGGGAGGUGGAGGUGGGCGACAAGACCCAUUGGGCAGUGGGUGUGUGCCGGGACUCUGUGAGCCGAAAGGGCGAGCUGACCCCACUGCCUGAGACUGGCUACUGGCGGGUGCGACUGUGGAAUGGAGACAAAUAUGCAGCCACUACCACGCCUUUUACUCCUUUGCACAUCAAGGUGAAACCCAAGCGGGUGGGCAUAUUCCUAGACUAUGAGGCCGGCACACUGUCUUUUUACAAUGUCACAGACCGCUCCCAUAUCUACACCUUCACUGAUACUUUUACUGAGAAACUAUGGCCCCUCUUCUACCCAGGCAUCCGGGCUGGAAGGAAGAAUGCUGCACCACUUACCAUCAGGCCCCCGACAGAUUGGGAGUGACAGGGAGGGAUGAGGCAGGAUCAAGAGCUAUGGGCCUUCCUUCCUGUGACCUGCUGGAGCAGCUUCGCGUCUGCCUGUUCCCGUCCUGAACCAUCUGGGAGAAGCGCCUGGGUUUCUAGAGUGGUUUAUGUGGAAGCGUAGGUAGGACUGGUCUGGGGUGAGAGCACAGCUAUGUCUCCUCCUGUCAGGUGGGGAGUAGGUUCCCAGGGACUCUCCCCUGAAGCCCAUCAGGUUUUCUGUUGCACAGGAUGGGUUGGGAAGGGAGGAGGGGCUUUUCCAGAAGCAAAAAGUCUGGGAGGGUAUGACAUACUCAAACCAGAGGAGGAAACAGAAGCCCCUGAGCAUUUUUCAGGGGCUCUGACGCAGAAUAGUUAUGUUUCUUGAGGAAGAGCAUAGAGGCAUGUAAACCUCUAGAUUGAAAUAAAAAUGAAUGACAGUUGCUCUCAUGGAUCUAGGAGUUGAGGACCCACAAGAGCAAAGAUUUUUUUGCGGGCAAAGAUUGGGCAUCAAGAGGUUAGAAAGAAGGUCCAGGAAGGGGCUACGGGAGCAGAUCCCUAGGUUCUAAUGAAGGAGGGGGUUUCUCUGGUCAUCUAUUCCCAGAGUAAGGCUGCCAUUAUGAGUUGGCUUGGCCAGAGGUAGCAACGUGGGGAGGAGAGGGUGAGAAGGAGGAAGCGGAGGACCCAGGCUCCUGUCUCAGCCUUCAGCAGAGCUGGCUUAUUGCCUGCCUCCUUAGAGUCCAUCGUCUCUGAGAAGUUGGUCACCUUGUUCUUCAGGGAUGAGUUGCCAGAGAUCCUGCAAGCAGUCUGCCCUUUUACUGCUUUCCCAAGGGAACUUGGGAAGGCGAGAAUCCGGUAUUGGUGGAAAGAGAACAAUAUUUCUAUCCAAAGCUCUUGCCUUAAGGAACGUUACUAGUUACUCCCAAGUUGUCAGCUUUUUACCUGGAUCAAGUGUCUAAGCCAGAAAAGGAGAGAGGGAAUAGAGUCUUCCUCACCCUGAGGAAAGGGUAGAAGAGGGUGGUGUGUGUAGGGAAGGACCAGAUUGGCAGCUUCCUUGUGCCUGCGUGCACCUGGCCUGGAACUAGUGUUCCCGGAGCCAGUCUUUGCUUGUUGGCUGCCAUCCCUCACCGUUUGCCAUUUCCCCAUCAGAGAAUGUACGUCAUUUAAUGUUAGGCCAAAAUAAUCCGUAGGGUACAUGUCAAAAGAGGUAAAGCGAUGCAUGCCAGACCAAAUCGACAUGACUUGAGCCAUCUGCUGUUCAGGUAAUGGGGUUCACAGAAGGUUAGUGAGGGCAUUUUAGUUCCUCCAACCACCUCAACAGGACUCUGUCCAGAUUCUCCUCUUACCUUUGUGCCUUGACUGUGGUUCUUUGUGGCAAGAUGCUUUGGUUGGUAAACAAUAUGGAACAAAGGAUCCACUGA